UAAAAGAGGGAAAAACAGGGAAGAAGGGAAAGCAGCCAAACCCACAUUUGGUGAGGGGGUGAGAGACGGAGGGAAAUGUGGGCGGAGCCUGAGAGGGCGAGCGACACGGUGGGCGGAGUUAAUGAGAGAAAGGGGGAGGAGGGACUUGCCUCUGAUUGGUGCCCGUGUGUGAGUGUGUGUGUGCGUGUGUGUGUGUGUCUCAGGUUUCAGCCUCGGUGUGUGUGCGCGCGCGCGUGUGUGUGUUAGAGUGUGUUUUUCUCGGUGGAGAGAAGUUGGAGGAGUUCGAGCUCGCGCUGGGAUUGUUCUGACCCGAACUGGAAUAUACACACUCACAGACGCGCGCGCAUACACGAACACACGGAUACACGGGGAUUUACGCGCGUGGACACGGAACACACACGCGCACGGAUUCAGAUGAGGUAACACCCCCGGGUGUGUGUUCAGCAGAGGGAGAUGUGGUGUGUAAUGUUUCCCAACCUGCUGCUGCUGUUGGUGCGAACCCACGCCAUCAGUUUCCCUGAGGACACCACAGCACUGGACAUCGUGGACAGACACUAUUCCCGACAGUAUCCGGUUUUCCGAGGUCGGCCGUCCGGAAACGAAUCCCAACAUCGGCUGGACUUUCAGCUGAUGACCAGGAUCCAGGACACACUGUUCAUCGCCGGCAGGGACCAGGUGUACUUGGUGAGUCUGAGGGAGUCGUACAGGAAUGACAUCACUCCCUACAGGAAGUUGACGUGGAGGUCGGGUCAGGCGGACCGAGAGACAUGCGCUCUGAAGGGCAAACACAGGGAUGAGUGCCAUAACUUUAUUAAAGUUUUAGUUCCCAGAAAUGAUGAUCUCGUCUUCAUCUGCGGCACCAACGGCUUCAACCCUAUGUGCCGUUACUACAGGCUGGAUAAUCUGGAGUUUGAUGGAGAGGAGAUCAGCGGUUUGGCUCGGUGUCCAUUUGACGCUAAACAAACCAACGUAGCACUCUUCUCAGACGGGAAGCUGUACUCGGCUACAGUAGCUGAUUUCCUGGCGAGUGAUGCAGUGAUUUAUCGCAGUAUGGGAGACGGCUCGGCUCUGAGGACCAUCAAAUACGACUCCAAAUGGCUGAAGGAGCCUCACUUCCUGCAUGCAGUGGAUUAUGGGAACUAUGUGUACUUUUUCUUCAGAGAGAUCGCAGCGGAACACAACAAUCUGGGGAGGGUGGUGUACUCUCGUGUGGCCCGGGUGUGUAAGAGCGAUGUGGGCGGUUCUCAGCGUGUUCUGGAGAAACACUGGACGUCGUUUGUUAAGGCGAGGUUGAACUGCUCCGUUCCUGGAGAAUCCUUCUUCUACUUCGACGUUCUGCAGUCGCUCACUGACAUCAUCAACAUCAAUGGGGUUCCGUCUGUGGUGGGCGUGUUCACUACUCAGCUCAACAGUAUUCCAGGCUCAGCUGUGUGUGCGUUCUCCAUGCCGGAUAUAGAGAAGGUGUUUGAGGGACGUUUUAAAGAGCAGAAGACUCCAGACUCUGUGUGGACUCCUGUUCCUGAGGACAGACUGCCCAGUCUCCGGCCGGGAUGCUGUGCUGGUCACGGAUCAGCAGAAUCUUACAAAAGCUCCGUCGAGUUUCCGGAUGAAACGCUGCAGUUUAUAAAGUUACACCCAUUGAUGGAUGCCGCCGUGCCUUCAAUCCGAGACGAGCCCUGGGUCACCAAGACCAGAGUCAGGUACCGGUUGACGGCUCUGGCAGUUGAUAACGCAGCAGGUCCCUAUAAGAACUACACGGUGGUGUUUAUUGGCUCUGAGGCGGGUGUGGUCCUGAAGGUUCUGGCGAAGACGGCGGUGUUUUCCUUAAACGAGAGCGUGUUGCUAGAGGAGAUCGACGUCUUUAACCAGGCCAAGUGUCUGUCUAACAGUGAAGACGACAGGCGUGUCCUCUCCUUCCACUUGGACAAAGACACACACACGCUGUACGUGGCCUUCUCCAGCUGUGUAGUGAGAAUCCCACUGAGCCGCUGUGAGAGACACCGAACCUGUCACAAGUCAUGUAUUGCGUCCAGAGAUCCAUACUGUGGUUGGACGUCACAUGGGGCUUGUGAGAGGAUUCCAGCAGGAGUGGACAGUGGGUUUGAGCAGGAUGUGGAGUUUGGGGAUACGGGGCGUCUCGGUGACUGUCAUGAGUUUUUGGCUACAGCUUCAGCACCAGGUUUCAAAUCAUAUGGCGACGCAACUUCUGCAGAACAGAACCCGGUGCUGUCAGUCACGCCGUCCUCCGCAUCAGAACCUCCCCCUCCCCCACACACUCCUCCCUCUCUUCCUCCUCAACUCCUCGACACGCGGAAAUCCGUUCUCCGUGACAGUUCGGAAUCUUCCAGAUCAUUUGAAUCGGUGAUGGAGGGGGUUUGGGAGAUCCAGUCGGCCGACUCCAACCAGCUGGUGCACAUGAACAUCCUGAUCACGUGCGUCUUCGCUGCGUUCCUGUUGGGGGCGUUCAUCGCCGGCGCCGUGGUCUACUGCUACCGAGACG